AUGGACCCGAAACAUCCCAGAGAUCGGUCCGGACAAAACAGAAGACGUCAAGCAGGGACCAAAGCUACCAGUGCAAGGCCUGCGACAGGAGGUUCUGGGACGCGGAACCGCGGCUGGCAGUCUGAACGCGGACGCUCAAGCGGAGCCCGGCCUCAAGCUCGCGAAAAGCGUCCAGUGAGAGCGUCGCCUGCUGGACCGGUCUCGGCCCUGGAAGUAAGCCCGUGGUCGGGACAAACCGUCCAGGUGCUGCUCGUUGGUGGGCGUUGCGUCAUCGGAAAGCUGGUAGGGUGGGACACGCUGGCGAACCUCGUGCUCGAGGACGCCGUCGAGUAUUUCCAGGACGCCCGCGAAGCCUCCUCCGAGCUUGUCGCCGCGCCAAUCGGGUCAAGUAGUGCGCUGGGAAUCGGGGUUCAGCCUCGAGAGGUAUCCGCGAUCUACACGUGUGCCGCGGAAGCGUGGCAGGCAUCAAAGUCUAGUACGGAGCAGACGCUGCAUGUACGUGCACUACUGCCGACCAAGUCGCCGAUGAGUACGCACUGGCAGCGAAAACUCGGCAGAGUUGUACUUCGAGGGCCAUCGGUUGCGACACUGGGCCUGCCUGACGCUGACGCGUAA